AUGGAUGACAAGACAUCUUCAUCGGCAAGACCAAAAACUGUUGAUUUGGAUGCACCUCUUCAUAACCUAGGAUUUGAGUUUGAAGAUAUCUCAGCAGUGAAAGUUUCUGGAAAUCUUCAUCUUACCCAAAAGUGUUGUCAGCCAUUUAAGGUGCUUCAUGGAGGUGUAUCAGCGUUGAUAGCAGAAUCUCUGGCAAGUAUUGGAGCACAUAUUGCUUGUGGUUAUAAAAGGGUUGCAGGGAUUCAACUUAGCAUCAAUCAUUUGAAAUCAGCUGUGAUUGGUGACUUUAUUCAUGCUGAAGCCACACCUUUGACUGUUGGCAAAUCCAUUCAGGUGUGGGAUGUGAGAAUCUGGAAGAUUGAUCCUUCAAACUCAGAGAACAGAUUGUUGAUAGCAUCUUCUAGAGUUACUCUUAAAAGCAACAUGCCCGUUCCAGAAAAUGCAAAAGAGGCCGGCGACAAGCUAAAGAAACAUGCAAAAUUGUAA